UGACAAGAUGCUUUCCACAAGACUGACACUCAUCACCAUCCUGGCUGCAGCUCGGUGUUGGUCAUCUGCUGUGGGACAACUCUAUGAUGUGGCAUGUCCUGGUGUAAACAGCGAGCUGCAAUGCUCUGAAGGACAAGUGAUUCGAGUGCAGUCAAUGGAGUAUGGUGACAAAAGCUCUGUUGACUGCGCUGCCAGAAGCGAGCCUGCUGCGACCACAAAAGGAAGCUGCUUGAGAGCGGAGGCGUUAACAUUUGCGGAGAUGAUCUGUAACCAUAGGGAACACUGCCGACUGUCCAAGCCCAAUCAGGAGCUAUUUCAUUGUGAUUACUCAGAAGAUUCAACAUUCAUUCAGAUCACCUACUACUGUAUUGACAGAGGUGCUGAUGUGCAGACCGUUGUUAAAUGUGAAGGAGGUGAAGCAGAGAUUUCAUGUGAAACAGGAGUCAUUGACAUUUUGUCGGCCCAGUUCGGACGUUUUGACGAGAAGACCUGCACCAGCAUUCCUUCGGAUAAGACCUACUGUGUAAGUCCAGGAGCUAAUCGACGAGUAAAGCGAAGGUGUAAUAACCAACGAGACUGCGAAGUCAGAGCGACUACUGAAAAUCUGGGAUUCCCUAUUACUUGUGACUUUCUUUCAAAGUACCUUAUUGUGGAUUAUGUUUGUAAGUGAUUGGUCAUUUGCUUCUGACAUCAGCGUCCCAGAGAGGAGCAGUGACGCCCUUUCCAGCGGUCACAUAUCAACAAGAAAAUGAUUGAAUGAAUUAUUAAAAGAGAG